CAGUGCGCGGCGAGGCGCGCCAGCUGCCGCACGUCAUGAUUCUACCCCAGAGUAACCUGACAGAUAGGGGAGAUCUUCCUGAGGACGCUUUCUCGCUACUGUCGGUGCUCCUAGUUGGAUUCUUAUUAUCAAUAUUGAUAUUUCUGUCUGUGGCUGGUAACGUGCUGGUAUGCGUGGCCAUUUACACGGACCGCGGUUUGCGGCGAAUCGGUAACCUGUUCCUGGCCUCGCUCGCCAUCGCCGACCUAUUCGUCGGUUGCCUGGUAAUGACCUUUGCAGGAGUCAAUGAUCUCCUAGGAUAUUGGGUCUUUGGGCCACGCUUCUGCGACACCUGGAUCGCCUUUGACGUGAUGUGCAGCACUGCCUCUAUCCUGAAUCUCUGCGCCAUAUCCUUAGAUCGUUAUAUCCACAUUAAAGAUCCUCUCAGAUAUGGCCGCUGGGUAACGAGAAGAAUCGCAGUGGCUAGUAUUGCCACUGUGUGGCUUCUGGCUGGACUCAUUUCCUUCGUACCGAUCAGCCUGGGACUUCACAGGCCGGAUGAUCCCUUGGUCUACAGCGACGGGACGCAGCCUGCGGAUAUAUUUCAGGAGUAUCCGACGUGCGCCCUGGACUUAACACCCACCUACGCAAUAGUCUCAUCCUGCAUAUCGUUCUACGUACCCUGCGUCGUCAUGCUCGGCAUCUACUGUAGACUCUACUGCUACGCUCAAAAGCACGUCAAGAGCAUCCGCGCUGUAACAAAAUUACCGGACACUUCAAUAGCUAAGAGCUUUCGCACCAAGAGCAGAUGCAACAAGCCCCCGAAGCCGCAGACCAAGCUGAAACCAACUAGUCCGUAUCACGUGUCCGAUCACAAGGCCGCCAUUACAGUUGGCGUGAUAAUGGGCGUCUUUCUGAUAUGCUGGGUGCCAUUCUUCUGCGUUAAUAUCGUCGCAGCGUUCUGUAAGACCUGCAUACCAGAUCGAGCCUUCCAGGUUCUCACCUGGCUAGGAUACAGUAACUCGGCCUUCAACCCGAUAAUCUACAGCAUCUUCAAUACCGAGUUCAGGGAAGCGUUUAAGCGUAUCCUAACGAAGGGUGCUCGGGCACGUGGUAAUCAGCCGUCAACCAGCGAAUGCGGUGAACUACGUUCAGUGGUGGUUCAUAAAAGAAAUGGUUCGACCGUGGAGUGCAAUAUCAGUCCGAGAUCGAGCGCGGGGAGUUGUCAAGUAGGAAUGGCCGCACAAAAACAUCGUGACACCAUAGUCAGCGCAAUAUAAACUACCCACCGAUAUUCUCAAUGGGAGAAUCAAAUGAAAUAACGAAGAAAAAUUGAGACGAAAAAAAGAUAUAUUAUCAGAGUCAAAAGGACUUGGUCGCUCUUACUAUCAGUCAUAUAAUCGCUUAGUCUGACAGAAAUAAUGCGACUCGGGUAACCCAAGAGGACAAUCAUUAAGGCAAAAAGGUAAAAUGAUAAAAAUUCUAGUCAAAGACAUAUCUAAAAGGCAUAUUCAAUUAUUACGUGGAAAGAAUUAUAGUCGAUUAUCGUAAAGUUAACGAUCCGUGAUAAAAUGAAGAUGAUUCCAGUAGUAUGUACGUGGGACUUAAAUGACGAUAGAGAAAAUGAGGACAUAAAGAAAUUAGAAACGUAUGAAAUUUCGCCAAUAUAGUUUAGAUUAUGAACCUCGGUAGCAGGUGUUAUGUGUCGGUUAUUGGUAAGGGCGUAGCUUUACUCGGGAUGAAACUCAAUAAACCUGACGUAAGGCUCCUCUCGUUACACGAUAAUGUUCUAAUAGUGACGUCUACUGAGUCAUAGAUCACAACUUACUAGCAAUAGGUGAACACAGGCAGUCUCCUGCGCUGAUUCAUUUGACAUCUUGUAAAUAGUCAUUU